AUGAAGCCUGCCGCCGUCAUCCUCGCCGUUUUUGCCGCCUCGGUUGCCGCCGUGCCGGUCGGCGAUAAGGUCGAGAAACGUCAAGCAGUGAAUUUGUUCUCUAUUUUGGAGAAUCUGCUACAUAUCAAGACCUGUACGGGACAGAAGUUUGGCGAUUGUCCAAAAAAGCUCCCUUACAUUGGCAAACGUUACAUUAGCGAGCGUAAGAGCGUCCCCCGCGAGGACAUUGUCAGCGUAGACACUAAUGCCUUGAUGGGCGCUCGCGGGUUGUAA